GGUACUAAGUUUGUUCGAACCGCUCCAAAUUAUAAUGGAGACAUGAGCCAAAGCUUUCACUGUAUUCUGUGAAAGCUCAGGCUGUUUCUUUUACUCGUAAUCAUUUUUCAAUUGAAGUGGGUCACUUAACUUUGUUUUAGAUGAACUCAGGUGUGAUUUCCUACCUUAGCAGCUCCUUCAAGAACCUCAUUCCUUCCAACAAAAUUGAAGAGCCAAAGAGUAACUCAGAAGUUGGGAUCUACAGCUAUGAAGCUGAAGGCUUGGAGCCAGUAGUAUCCAACCAUCUCUGGCCAUCGUCUGAAUAUACUGACAACAGGAGUGUUGCUAAAUAUGACUAAACCAAUAUGCCAUGAGCAUGUGGGCUAUCCUAAUUCUUUGUAAAACUU